AUGAGCAUUCAUGCAGAUACCUCUGCAGAUGAAAUACAAGCUGAAUGCCUUGGAAAUAGGGUACAAUUUAUCCUCCCUGAUUCUUUGACCAUGGGAUUUCCUGUAGAGGUUUAUGCAGUCAAUGACACGCAGAAAGUUGUUCUCACACCUUACCUUGAGGCACAGUGUGGUUUCACCCAGAAAUCGGAUCCUUGGGGGAAUACAAUAGUGUCAGCUUCCCUACAGAGUUGUUUUGCAAAAAACAAGGGUGACAUGGAAUUUAAAGUAACUAUGCAGUUUAAACUGUAUGAGUUCCCUACAUUAGCUGAGAAAGUCCUCGAAGUGUCCAAGACCUGCAAUCACGCCAUGACUUCGCGUGAGAUUCUGUGUGAGACAAACUACAUGGAGGUAUCUGUGAGGAAUGCGAUACCAGACAUCAAGACUGCUGCAGUUAAACAGUGGCCCACAGUUAUGCCCAACUUAAAAAUGUGGAAGAUCCUACUGUACACUCCUGAAGAGAAGGCUUUUCAUAAAGAGGACCUCCAAAGCAUGGGUUAUAACGUUAACAGUUCUACAACGCGACUGGUGAUGCGAAGCCCAUACAGCAUGGCCGAAACCUUUAUACAACAUGUUGCAGAUGUUGAUAUGAUGGUGUUCAAAUCGGUGGUGUUGUUCCGAGACCGCUGGAUGAUGACUAUAGUGGAGUCCGCAACUGCCUGUCCAACCAAUGGAGCUACUGUUGUGGAUCAAAUGAUUUAUUGGCGCGUUCCUCGACACAUAACCCCUUUGGUGUCCUCGAAAGUUACACCUCCAGAAAUACUUGAGGCCCACGUAGGCGUUAAUGGCAGACUUCUCACACCUGCUGAGAUGGCCAGCCUUAACUACACCAUGACCUUCACCGAAUCCCAUAUAGUUGUUGAGAUUCCUGUUGGGUCUCCUAAUGGAUACUACAAGAGUCAUGCUCAUAAGGACCAGUAUCAUAUAAGUUACACCAUAGAGCCCAUGCUUGAGCUGCUGUGGAAGGAAGGGUUGGAUAAGACCAGAUAUAAGGUCUUGUUUCCGAUCACAACCCCUUUGACACCAUGGCCUCCCCAACUAAUUGACAACACUCAGCCUAAGCAGAAGGUGUUUGAUGUUGUGCUGGGUUACUUCCUACUUGAUGUGGAGCUGCUAAAUAUCACUUUUGGGAUAGAAGUGCUGACUGUCCCUGACAUCAUUUUUAAAGGCCUUGGCCUGUUGGAGCACAGCUUACCUAAUGGCACCAAAGCCUUUGCUCUCCAGGUUCCCUACUCUGAUCCCAAUGUCCAAAAACUGGUACACAUUUAAAUUCUUCGGCCUGGCAUCAGAGGCUACACACUUCCCCUUGUCUUUGGCUUUGUCAUCUUGCCUAAACAUGAUACUUUCACAUACUCUACUGUACUCGAAACUUCUUUAAGUGAAAUUGUCCUUCCUUAUGCAGGGGGAGAGUGUGACGAUGAGAAUUUCUACAUUUAUGUCAAAUAUGGCAGCACCCCAAGAUCCCAGCUGAAGAUCGUAAUGGGGCAAAGAGAGCUGGAUGAUGAGAUUUUACAGCAGUAUAAUCGCCUUUCAAAUGAAACUCAUCUGAACAUUGCUGUGCCAUUCAUGGACCCAACUGUGGUAUUUGAGUCUGUUCAGUCAUCAGGAGUCAUGGGAAGAAUUGAUGUGGAAAUACACGAUUCUGUGAAUGACUGGCAUUUCAAAGAUUUCUCCCUUGCCUGCCCUUUUUUUGUGAAAGUGUCAGAGUGUUUUUCCAAUGGAACGAUGACUGUGGUGCUUCCCAAACUGGAAUCUCUGCCACAUCUGAAUCCCAGGGAACUCUCUCUUAGAGACCCGGCCUGCAAACCCUUCUACAGUGAAGAUCACUUUGCUUAUUUUCGCUUUAAUGUAAACACUUGUGGAACUUCACGAACGUUUGUUGGGGACACCAUGAAAUAUGAGAAUGAAGUGUCCUGGAAGAGAGGAGAUUCUUUGCAUCUGACCUCCAAUUCACAAACUGAACACGAGACACGACACUGGUUCACAGUCUCCUGCAUUUAUAUGGCAAAUACUACCCAAAGUGUGGUCAUCAAUGUAGUUUCACCCAUUAAAGAGCCUCAUGCAGAUGUUGGAAAGGGUGAACUCACUGUUUCGCUGCGGCUCUCUCAUGAUAUGGUCUAUAGACUCUUCUAUCAUGAUGAUGACUACCCAGUUUUAAAGUUUCUGAAACAGCCUCUUUAUUUUGAGGUGGGUAUGAAUCACUCCAGGGACUCUAGGGUAGCAGUAGUCCUGGAAAACUGUUGGGCAACACUCACCAAGGAGAGAAACUCCAAACCUAAAUGGGAUUUAAUAGUUGAUGGCUGUGCAAAUCCUAAAGAUCCUGAACAAACCAUCUUGCAUCCUGUAUUCGCGGAUGAUAGAGUACAAAUACCAGAUCACUUCAAGAGAUUUGAGGUUAAAACAUUUGCUUUCACAGAGAAGGAUGGGAGUUCAGAAAGUGAUGUUGUCACCAUGGCCAGACGGGUAUUUGUCCAUUGUGACGUUGUCAUUUGUCAUGUUGAGAAUGCUGCCGAUGGACAUUGUUAUAAGCAGUGUGCAAAUCCUCAGAAUCCAAGCAUGAGCAGCUUAAAUCGAGUUCGCAGAAGUUCAGGCUUUGCAGUGGAAGUACUGGAGCAUGUGUCUACAGGCCCCAUUCUUUUGAUAUAA